GUGCUUUGAUUAUGACUUUGAUCUGCGUGAUUGGCUUCAGCAAGGCGUUCAGCAUAACGGAAGCUGGUUCGGGUACGACACCGAGGCACACUUGCCCAUGUAUUCAAGUCCAAAAAGGGCAGGCAUAGUAUUCAAGCAUUACGCACACGACGACCAACUGAAAACGCCGCCCGCGUCCUGCCUUACGAGCACCUUUCCAUGCUACAGUCAUGUCCCGCUCACCCCCAAGCUCGUCGUCACGACCGAUGACAGGUUCACGUUCACUGCAUGGUUCAACAUCAAUACUUGGAGCGAGUAGCUCCCGCCCCUUUCUGAACAUGCUCAACCCGAUGGGCAGAACGUAUCAAGGUUACAUGCAAGCUAACCAAUCUGUUCUAGAAGAAGAAGAAGAGGAAGAGAACGAUGAACAUGGGGACGAUCUAGAGUCCGGCAGCCACGCAGACCGCAGUACGCUCUUCAAAAGCACCGUUUCGAAGGGCAAACGUGUGGCUUGGGGUAAAGAUGGCGAGGCGUCAGAGAUGAGCGUCCUCAGGCCUAAUAUCCGUCAAGAAGAUAAGAUACACGAGAAUGAGUCCUCAGAUGACGAGGUUCCGCAGGACUUCAUGAUCGAAGCUGCUACACCUACUGCUACACGCAAACCUUCUGCACCGCGUCAGACACCUGGGAGACGGAGACCACUGUAUUCUACUAAUCCGAAGACUCAGCCGUCGAUAUUGCCUACCUCGACACCUGUAUCUAUACCACCACGACCCUCUGAGGUUGAAACGAGAGAAGCCAGUCCGACGAGGCCAUUGUCCGAUCACCAACCAAAACAGAUGCGCGGCCUGGACGCUUAUGAACGAGCUCUAUGGAACUGGGUGAACGUAUAUAACCUGGAUGCGUUCUUGCAAGAAGCGUACUACUACUAUGAAGGCAAAGGCAUCUAUAGCAUCGCCUUGUCUCGUGGACUAAAUCUUCUGACAGUUGGCUUUGUGAUUGGAUUCUCGACGUUCCUGUUAGGAUGCAUUGACUACUCGCGCAUUAAACCCGAACGAGCCACUCGACUAUCCCACGUAGUCGUCAGUCGCUGUGUAUCCAAGUUCUCAGGAUUCACAUUCCUGUUCUUCUUGCUGUUUACAGCUUUCCUCGCAUGGCAAAUCAUGACUUACGUGUUGAGUAUCAUGAGGCUUGUGGACAUGUACCGCUUUUACACAUACCUACUCCGCAUACCUGAUGCAGAUAUUCAGACCAUCUCGUGGCCGGAGGUUGUACGUCGCAUCGGUACUAUCCGCGAGGAUAACCCUAUCACUGCCAUCUCCUCCAACCAACCCUCAUCCUCAGUAACGGCCAAACUCGACGCCCAUGAUAUUGCGAACCGAAUCAUGAGGCAAGAGAACUACCUCAUAGCCCUAUUCAAUAAAGAAUUACUAGAUCUGAGAGUGCCUUUACCGCCAUUUCUGAAGCGCUUUGUCGUCCCUGAAGAGGGCAAGGGGAAGAUGCUAACUAGGGCGUUGGAGUGGAACCUGAGGUUCUGCUUGAUGGAGUACUUGUUCGAUCCUAGCGGACGAGUGAGGAAGGUGUUCUUGAAGAGCAAGAAUCGCGCAGCACUGAUCGGAGGGCUUCGAAGACGAUUUAUCUUCAUGGGCAUCUUGAACGCGAUAUUCGCCCCUUUCAUCGUGCUCUAUCUGCUCAUGUACUCGUUCUUCCGAUACACUGAAGAAUACCAUAAAAAUCCUUCCAACAUCAGCGGUCGGCGGUAUACUCCAUUUGCUCAGUGGAAGUUCAGGGAAUUCAAUGAGCUUCCACAUUUGUUCGCUCGGAGGCUCAAUGAAUCGUACCCGAUGGCGAGCAUGUACAUCGGACAGUUCCCGAAUGAGAAGCUCACCAUUCUAGUCCGAUUCAUAGCAUUCAUUGCAGGUUCCUUUGCUGCAGUCCUACUCCUGGCAUCCGUCGUAGAUCCGGACCUAAUAGUUCACUUCGAAGUCACGCCUCAUAGGACAGUAUUGUUCUACUUGUCAAUAUUCGCAUCAAUUCUUGCUGUCGCUAGAGGAAUGAUCCCGGAAGAGAACCAAGUAUUUGACCCGGAGUUGCUCAUGACAGAGGUUAUCCAGUAUACUCAUUAUAUGCCGGAUGAAUGGAAGGAUCAGCUGCAUUCCAAGAAGGUACACGAAGAGUUCGGAGAAUUGUUCUCUAUGAAGAUCAUGAUCUUCGCUGAAGAGAUCCUCUCGGUCCUGCUCACUCCUUUCGUACUGUGGUAUUCCUUGCCACCUUGCGCGCCUGCUAUCAUUGACUUCUUCCGGGAGUUUACGGUACAUGUUGAUGGACUGGGCUAUGUAUGUAGCUUUGCAGUAUUCGACUUCCAAAGGCAUGGAAACAUCAAAUUCGGUGCACCGACCAAUGUCAACGAUGAACGGCUCAUGUCGAAGGAAGGCAAGAUGGAGAAGAGCUUCCUUAACUUCAAGGCUGCCCAUCCGGAAUGGAUGCCCACCGACCCUUCAGGUUCACUUUACCUAAGUCGCAUGGCCGACUUCAGUGCUGCACAUCCUCUAGGUCUCGGUCGCCGUCGUCUCUACCAACAACGAGGCACAGAAUUUAACCAUGGUGUGCAAUCCACCAUACUCGAUCGUGGCCGUGAUAGGCCAGAAGACAAGGCGAGCGAAUACGACCGUGCUCUCAAGGCAAGCCAAAUGGCCCGAAGACGGGGUGGUGGAAGCGUUCUUAUGCAAAGCACCCGAUUGGGUCCUUCGGCGUCUUCGAUUUUCCAGAGUAACGCUGGGUUGGCACAGACGGCUGUCUUGGGUGAUUCUCAGGGAAGCACGUUUCCUCAACAGCAACUGCCGCAUGGACAGGAGAGCGUCAUUCCUGAGGAAGAUCUCAUGUCUGAUGGAGGGGUUGGAAGUACGUUGGGAGAGUCGUACGUGGAUGGAAGGAGACCGCAGGCUGGUGCUUCGGUUGGCCAGUCACAGAGGGAGGAAGAUGAAGAGUUGGAAGAUGGUGGUGUGAUUGGGUUGCUGGCGCAGAUCUACGGGACUGGAGUGAAUCUUAAGGGACGAGGUCGGGGACCUCCACGAGCGAUUUAGGAGGUGCGAUGAUGGAUCCUUCGUCAAGACCAUUUAUUUUGUACUUUAAGUUACUGAUACAUUCAUGGAUACCAUGACACAAUGACAUACAGAACGAUUCUGAUGUUUUAACGGCAACAUCAACGGUGUUGUACAAUUUUUGUCCAUCCAAUUCAAAAUUCCCCCAUUCCAUACUCAGCAUUCGCAGUCAUAAACUUCACUCCUUCGCGAGGAUCUCUUCGACCCGCUUCACUUGGUUCUCAAUGCCCGUGCCGGGGACGAUCUUGUGGUCGACACGAGUGCCAAUACGUAAAUCCGUAUGGAUGCGAGGGGCACCCUUGGCAUGUACAGCUACAUGGCAUUCCUGAACAGCCUUGACGACGUCGUCCCAGGGACCCUCUGUAUAUCGCGUGAUUCAGUACCACGGAAGACCGUAUAGAUUCAUGUGGUAAACUGGGAAAGGGUCAAAAGAUGACAUACCAAUGUUCGUUCCAUAGCCACUGUGGACGACAUUAGUGAAGGCUCGUAACUCAAUAAGGGGUAGAUGUGAACACGCACUGCACCUGUGAGAUGCGGCAUAAGGUCAUUCCCAGGUUGUAAAGAGGGGUACACGGAUACGAACAUGAUAUUUGAGACCCGACUUCUUGACUACUCGUACACAUUCGGCAACGUAUUCCGCGAUCUGCAGAAAAGCAAGGCGAACAAAUGAGGCUCAGCGCAGCAAGCUGGACAUCAGUCUCAACGGACAGAUGCUUCAGUACCCAUGGGGUUCAGGCAGAAAUCUAUGGUGAAAGUGUGUUCAAGCGGCUUGGGUAUCAUCACAUUGCAAACGGUUCUGUACCUGCCAAAGCGUACAUAUCCUGACUCGCCAUGUCAACUAUGUUAGAAAAGAUAGAGGUGAUGGAUGGUUUGAAGCAAGCCUGAGGGGGCGGACUCCUGUGUACGCAAACUAUAAGUAAUGUGUGGAGACGCCAAGUUACUUCCGUCCAGACGUCAUCCCAUUCAUUCGUUCAUUAUAACGUCCCUGCAAACCGCAUAGCUUUGAGCCGUUUGAUGUCCCAUGGUGACGGUAGUUCUUGAGGUGUUUUCGAAAGAGGCUUCAGUUACGAGUCGAUGCAGGGCGCAUUUCGAGUCUCAACAACUUCUUGUAUAGGUAACACUAACCGUACACAUUAUACCAUUUCUACUUCUUGGGUAGGAUCCAUGA